AUGCAGAUAAAAUCUGGGGUCAAUGGAACAGUCAUUACUGAGUUCAUCCUGCUGGGCUUGGUGGAGACACCGGAGCUGUGGCCAAUUGUCUUUGUACUCUUCCUCUUUGCCUACCUGGUCACCAUCGGGGGCAACCUCAGCAUCCUGACUGCCAUCCUGCAGGAGCCCAAACUCCACACUCCCAUGUACUUCUUCCUGGGGAACCUGUCGGUGCUAGAUAUGGGUUGCAUCAGUGUCACUGUUCCCUCAAGGUUGAGUCGACUCUUGUCCCACACAGGUACAAUUUCCUACAGAUCCUGCCUCACACAGGUCUUCUUUUUCCAUUUGCUUGUUGGGGUGGACUGCUUCCUGUUGACUGCCAUGGCCUAUGACAGAUUCCUGGCCAUCUGUCGGCCCCUCAAUAAAGCUGUUGGGAUCUUUAACACUGUCAUCAACCCCAUGCUGAACCCAAUCAUCUACAGCCUCAGGAACCCCGAUGUGCAGGGUGCCCUCUCGAAGAUACUCAGGGGGGUGCGGUCCCUGCACUAG